AUACUUCUUCAUUACCAAUAAAAUUUAUUGUUUCAUAUAGUGAUCCCAGAUUUCAAAUAUGAAAAGAGGUUGCGUAAUGAUCAAUGGGUUAAAGAAGAAUGGGGAGAUGACUGUAAUAUGCAAGUCAGAAAUUCAUUGUUUCACAUUUUACUAUAUUUUCUAUAAUUAUGGACGAGUUUCCACCAAUCCGUAUUUGCUACAUGUUGCAUGUAACAUAAACUACAGUUGUACCAUUAGUGCAAAUUUGUAGAACCCUUAACAGUAAACCAUCCUACUUUUAAUAUUUUGACUUCUGUUUGACAUGGGUUUCAACCAGUUUAUUGAUUAUUUAUUCAAUGAUCUAGAGCAACUCUAAAUAGUAAAAUAAUUUGGACAUUCCCUUGAUCAAUGAUUCCUAGAUUCACAUAUCACAACAUUUAAUGUUUAAUCAAAACAACGAAUGAAUAUUGUUUAAAUCCAGUAGGUGGAAACUUAAAAGGGGAGUUUAUUAAACGAAAAAAUGUUGUUGGUUAUUGUCUCUGCUAUGCUUAUUAAAUGUAAAAGCAAAAUCCUUGGAGUAGUCAUUGACUCGAAUUCUAUGAAGGUAAACGCUGUUUUAAUUUUGUGCUGUUUUCAUCAAAUGAAACAAUAGUGGAUUAUCAAUAGAUUUAUUCCAUCCUUUACUCAGUUAUGCAGCCAACUUCAUAGGAUCAAUUACAUUCAGUUAUGUACAUAGGAUUGACUUGACUCGAAAACCUAUUUGUCACAUGAUUGAACAGCGUAUAGUAUCUUGUAAAUACAAUACAUGGUGUAUAUGUGUAGAGUGUUUUGUGUGUAUUACUUCUUACUAGUCUGAUUGCUGGAGGUUAAGCAAUAAUAUUCCUCACGAAGGCAAGCAUACAGUUUAGUUUUUUUCUUAUUCAAUGAUGUUAAACGGUGUCCUAGUGAUAAUGAAUUAGGAAAUUGUUGGGACGAUCCUGCAGAUUUAUUGCAAUAGACAUGAAAAGCUUAGGAAACAUUAAGAAGCAUUUUAUCCGAUCAGCGUUUGACUAGAUGGUUUGCUAGUAACAUCACUAGAGUGAAAAGUCACAUGUAGAGGUUCUGAUAGGCUGAUUACUACACUGCUACUAUAUUUAGUAGUGAUUAUAAUUCCUUGAAAAAGCUUGGACCAGAUUGCCAGUAGAAACGUUGGAUUUAUUACAAAUUCAUUCGCUGAGAUUUUACAAAUAUAUUAUUCCUAUUUAAUGUCUUACAUCAACUCGGCGCUCAAAUACUGUGAAACCAUUAGCUCUUAUUUAGACGAGAUUUCUUCUAUAUAUUUAGUAGUAUUCUAGAAUUUUCAGGAAAACUCAAGGACUUCUAAAAUACUAUAGAAACCCUAUAUUUUCUGUGCAUAAAUGAACCUUUGGAGUAAAGUGCUUCUCUUAUACUUUGCGCCUUUUCUCUCGUGUUCAAGUCGCUGAGUAGUUCUAGCUUGCGGAUUACGAGACUAGCUUAGGAUCCGAAUAUAGCGUUCAAUCAACAAGACUUAUCAGAAAUAUCAACAUAAAUUUAAAUUAAUUCCGCUGAUUUUCGUAAACAAAGAACUAUCACGUCACUACUGGUGAAUUCGACAUUAAUAAAUGUUUUGAUAUUGUAUUUUCAGUUUGAGUACUUUACUUACAUUACAGAUCAGACUAAUAACAGAAUACUCUGUAUUUCAAGGGCGAAGAACAACAGGCACAACGCUAAUCGGUAUAUUCAGAAACAAUAACCCAUGGAAUGUUUCUUAUAAUUUCCAAAUAGGAGUAAAAUUAUUUAGCUAUCCCACCUACGUCUUGGGUGAUACAGUACAAUUUCCGAUUCGGAUGUAUUCUGGAACACUAACUAUAUCUACUUUUGUAUUAACGCUUCCGAUAACGUCUAUGGUGCAACCCAUAUCCACUACUCCUGUCUCUAAAACUCCUGUAGUUACCAUUGAAAAAGUCGAACCACGAAGUUCACAACCAGCGGUAAACUUUAGUACAGUUGUAGAAGUUCGAGUGAAAUUCGUUAAAGACUUUGUCUACAUACCGAUAAUUUUUCAGUUACAAGUAAAUUCAAGUGAAGCAAUUAUAAUCAGACAAAGUAUUCAAACAAUUGGAUAUCUAUUGAAAACUGUAGCGCCUGUGGGUUCUGAUCUUUCUGUUAAACCUAAUUUGGCUAGAUUGCAAAUAAAUUCGGUGUACUUCAAUGAAUCAUGUACAGAUGCUCAGUGUGAUAUUGCAUUGCGUUAUUCGAUAAUUCCAAUUACCACAAAGCCUUUAGUAAUCACAUCAACACUUACCUCUGGUGUAUCCAGUUUUACGAAAACGUUAACUAUCACUCCACGAGCUAACUAUUCUGCUGUACUGUCAUCAAGUCAGGCCCCAGGAGUUGCUUUAACCUCUAUUAAUUCAAAAACAGUCAAAAAUCAAGUUAUACCGAACUCUCUUACAUCAUUUAAGUUAACGUUAACUCUGAAACCCAAUGUAUGGCAGACGAUAUAUUUCCAACUUUAUGCUCCAGGUGCUUACCAAGAAUACAUACUUGUCAGGCCAAUUAUACUAAGCCAAUUAACAUCAUUGACAUAUAUCAGCAUAAAUUCGGACUCUUUGGAAAAUAUGGUUUAUCUCAGUAUAGAUAAAGCUUAUUACGAAGGAAUCGCAACCGAUCAAACGAUUUCGGCAGCAAAUGAGUUAACUUUGUAUAUCCCAAUGUUCACUGCGAAUUCUGUCAGACCACUGGUCAAUUUUACUUACAAUUUGACAGUUAAUUCAAUCUCUAUAUUUGGUAGCUUCAUAUUUACUACCACUACUCCAGCAGCAUUUACUACAACUAUCCCAAGUACUUGUACUUUAACUUCUCCAAGUGCCACUGAUGUUUAUAAACAAAUGUGUACUGGAGGACCGUUUGAAUUUGUGAUCAAUAUGUGUCCGGUUGAAAGACGUUGUUCAUUCUUUACAUACUGGAUCAACAGAAUUGUGAAUGGCACUGCAGCUCUUAAUAUUACAAAUGUAACUAUACUUACGUAUGGUACAGAUGUGUGGCUCUCAACCUCGUUCUCUUUAAAUUUAACAUCUGAACCUAGUUAUGUGAGAGUGGAUUACGGCCCACUAUGCACCAUCAACCAAAAUUUUUUUUGUAUGCAAUUAAAAAAUACUGUUUAUUUAAUGGGAGAUUGCAAUGUGACAGCGACAACAAACUACAUUUUCCCAAUAUUUGUUAAUAUCAGUGGAAGUACAAAGAAUUUCACCGUCCCGAGUAUGACAUUUAAUGUAAUACCGAGUUUCCCAGUAUACACUGAUAUUAUGAUUGAAGUAAGUCCACCUAAUGUAAAGCUGCAGCCUGGUGAAAGAACAACUAUCCAUAUCAAAUAUACAUUCCCAUUGAAUUCCACCUAUCUGAAAUCUACAGUACGAAUCAAUGGAACUGGAAGCAACAGUACUAAUGAAAGUAUAAUAACAAUUGCAGAUUUUAAAAUAAGUUUGGGUUCUAACUUAUUUUACACAACAACUGCUUACUCAUCUAAUUAUUCGUCAACUUAUCCAACCAAUCAAACUGAUCAGUUGGUAGUUUACUUCGAAAAUAUCACUAACAUUGGUACGGUAGGUGUACCCAUAAUGCGAAACACUCUCAGUAUUUCAGUGGAUAUCCAGUUGAGUGAUAGUAAAAUGGUAGAAAACGGAACUGUUUGGCCGUUGCAAAUCACUGGUCAAUUCAAUGCUGUCACUAAUAUUAGCAGAAUAUCUGUAAAUUGUGUAAGAACUGGGUCAGAAAAACCAUCAAUUCAGGUUGUACUAUCUCAAUUAUCAUCGUUCACAUUCAGUGAUUAUCCUGAUAGAGAUGUGGUGUACCUUCAGACAGUCGUUCAAAUGAUGAAUGGUACCGGGUUGGAGUGUGAAAGACAAUCGAUAAUUUUCUAUCUUAGUCCACAAAUAAAAUCAAUCAAUGUAGUUAAUCAAACAGGGAACAUAGAUAAUGUAACAUUGAAAACUCCUUUAAACCCGGUAACUAAAUCAGUUCAGUUCACAACAGGACGUUUGUAUUUUGGUGCAAAGUAUGAAGUCAUUUUUAGCCUGAAAUUCAAUCCAUCUCUUAGUACAAGCAUUGUGAAAUAUCCAGUUCUGGCUGAAAUUGUGUGCAAACCCUAUGAACGUAGUAUUCCUGUAGUGAAUAGCUGCGCAAAACAAAAGUUUUACAAGUUCAAAUCUCCCCUGCGUGUUGAACUUGACUACACUUAUCCAUACAACUUACCUCAUUACGUUGCAAUGCAGAACUCUUUUGUACAGUUGCCAGACCGUCAAACAAAUACAUUUCUCAAUGUUGGUGAUCUUUUGUUUUAUUGUGGACGUGCGAUUGGUAUAAAAGGUUCAUUAGAUUUGGUGAGACGUUGUUUCAAGAUUAGUAAAUUGCCUGAAAGAAUUUGGUUUGAUGUUGGACCAUCUGUUGAACAGAUUAUAGCAUACACAAAUCCACUUGGCAUAUUGUUCGGUUUGGGAUCGAAUGGAGGAGGUGCAAUAAUGAGCAAGGAUUUGGGAAACACAUGGAUUUCAGUCAACUCAUUCGUGUAUCAAAAGACUUUGAAUACUUCGACUGAAAUCGUCACAGCAAGUGUCAUGCCUUGGAUUUCAUUGAGUGGAUCAAUUGACAACACACUGUUUGAGUCAUUUUGCAAGAUGCGAGUGGCUCAACAAUGGAAUGUGUGCAUCAACGGAAUUUAUGCGAAUGAACUUCUAUUGGCAAACUGGACUAACACCUGUCCAAGCAUCAAACCCUUUUAACUGAUCCAUUACAUUCACAGUUGGGAUACAAUAGUUUAUUCAAAUAUUUGUGCUCUUAUAACGUGUUCAUUUUAUGUUGUGUGCAAUAAUAGAACAUUUAGUUAAUUUUCUAUUAAAUUACUUAUCUUGC